AAUGAAUGGAUUGAUUGCAGCCAUCGGUCAGUACUACCGGCAAGAGUUGGGUAACGAGAACUCUCCGGCCAUCGCAACCCUCAAGACAUUGAUUGAGUUCCUGAAGAAGGACUUAUCGUUGACAGCAUUAGGUCUUCGAGAGAACGUGCGGUCGGCCAUUGAGUUACUCAAGAAUAUAGAGCCCAUCACUGAAGUUGAAUCCGUGGCUGAGAUAUACUUCCGGUUCAUUACUCUUAAGGCAUCCGAAUAUGACAAAUUUCAUGAACUCAAGAGUGAGUUGUCUCGAAGAAGUGAUGUGUUCCUGAAGAAGGCGAUGGAAUGUCGUAAGAAAGUGGCCAAAAAUGGUCACCCAUUCAUAUCUGAUGGAUGUACAAUCCUAAUCCACGGCUGUUCGCGUGCUGUCAACUGUACGUUAGCCGAGGCCAAGAAGGCUCACAAGAUAUUCACAGUCUUUGUCACCGAAUCUGCUCCAGAUAUGAGUGGAAAAACAAUGGUUGAGUGGUUGCAAAGCAAUGGUAUCAAUAGUACACUUAUUAUCGACGCCGCCGUCGCUUAUAUUAUGGAAAAAGUAGACAUAGUAUUAGUUGGAGCCGAAGGAGUGGCAGAAAGUGGAGGAAUAAUCAAUAAAAUCGGGACGUAUUCGGUGGCCAUUUGUGCCAAAUCCAUGAAUAAGCCGUUCUAUGUGUUGGCCGAGAGCUACAAAUUCAUUCGCCUCUACCCUCUCAACCAGUCGGACAUUCCCGACAGACUCAAGUGGAAGGCCAACCGGGACUUCGAGAACCACCCUUUAGUCGAUUACACGCCGCCAUCCUAUAUAACAUUACUUCUGACAGAUUUGGGAACUCUGACCACCGCUGCCGUUAGCGACCAAUUAAUGCAACUUUACUUGUAGUCAAUUGAUUUUUAUACUAAUUUUGUUAUUUAAUACAAAGUCUGU